AUGGCCGGAGCAACCGCGAGAAAAAAUGCCAAGCCAAAGCCACAGACAGCUUCAGCAAAGAAGGGCUCACCCCCAGCGCCCUUCAAGGAGCCACCUGAAGUCCUUCAGCCCUUCAUCGACACCCUCUCAAGCAAGCAUGUCUACGUCGCGCACAUUGACUCCAAACCGGCAGCCUUCAAGCGCAAGCUUUUCCUAGUGCCGAUUGCCAUGAAUAUCGGUGUCGUCGCUCUCUUUGCCUUGCGCAUGUAUUACAUUGUCCCUUACUACUGGAAGCUUAUGAUGUCGGGAUUCGGCAACCCCAAUGAGACGACUUUCCCCGUCGAGACAUCCACCUGGGCUGAGCUGGGAUUUGAGAUUCUCAAGCGGGGCUUCACCAUGUUCUUUGACUUCCUCCUCUUUGUCUUUGUCUGGCCCUGGCCAGUCGAAUUCGUUGCCGGCGUCGCUCAUGGAAAUCCUACCAGAUGGCGAUGGAAUGUCGGGUUCCGUGAGAAGGAGAUUUAUGUCCGACGCAGCCGAGACUGGGAUGUCGGCCUUGGCGACAUCCUUAAGCACGAUGAGUCCCGCAGGAUCUUUACGGCGUACAUACAGCAGGCAACCUCCCCCAUGCUGCAGGAACAGAAGACCGGCUACUUACUAAUGAACGGCCAAUGGGACUUGGAUUGGGACGCCAUGGUGUACGCGCACGCUCUCGUGGAUAAGAAGGACAUUGCCCUGGAAGCUUUCCGCACUGUGGUCCUGGUUCACCACCAGGACCACGGCUGGCUCUGCUACGACACCAAGCUGAGUUCAUCGGCAGAAGAGGACGAGAAGAGGCGCCAGGUAUUUGCCUUCCGGGAUGCUCUCGCAGCGAUGGGCAAGGACAAGCUAUUCUACCGAUGGGUUGAGAUUGUACAGUUCGAGUCUACCCAACCCGGUGGGUUUGGGCCCGAGAAGCAGGAAGAGGCAGCCAAGAACAUCCGUGAGCUCUUCCUCAAGGACGGCGUUGACUUUGAUAAACUGUGGAAAGAGACAGUGGGGGCGGACAGUGUCACACCUAUUUAG